UAAUUCUUAGGUUGAGAUUUUUCUCUUUCUCUCUCUAAUCCAUCAGUUGCAUCUGCAAGCAUGACGACCAUGCCGUUCAAGGCGGCCGUCACCGUCGCCGUCGCCGUUUCCGUCCUCUGCCUUCUCUUCUCUCCGGCGAUUGCAGAAAUAAAGAAACUUCAGAUAAAGAACGACGCCCGAUCGAUGAUAAUGUUCGAGAAAUUCGGUUUCACACACACAGGUCAAGUCUCCAUCUCCGUCUCUUCCGUCUCCGUCACCUCUUCCUUAGCAAGAGCCGACGGCGAUCGUCUCGGAUUCUUCCUAUUAUCAGAUGAAUCCUUCAUCCAAGUCGCCAUCGAGUUACAGCAAAACCCUAACUUAUGCGUCCUCAAUUCCAAGUAUAUUCAACUGCUCUUCACUUUCCGCGAUCUAUCUCCUCCUCCAAAUUCAACUUUCACCAAAUCAUAUCCCGUCACUUCUCCAAACGAAUACAAUCUCAUCUUCGCAAAUUGCGCGCCGGAAAGUCAAGUCACCAUGGACGUACAUACUGAAGUCUAUAACCUAGACGACGGUGGGGUUAAAGACUAUCUCUCCGCUGGUCUCACUCAGAUCCCAACGAUUUACUUUCUUUUCUCUCUAUUCUACAUUGUAUUCCUAAUAUUCUGGAUCUACACCUGCAUAAACAAUAAACUGUCUGUUCAUCGGAUCCAUCUCCUCAUGGCGGUUUUACUCCUGGCAAAAGCUCUGAAUCUGAUAUUCGCCGCUGAGGACAAACAUUACGUGAAGAUAACCGGAACACCUCACGGCUGGGACAUAUUGUUCUAUAUAUUCCAGUUUAUCAGAGUUGUAUUGCUUUUCACUGUGAUCAUUUUGAUUGGAACUGGUUGGUCGUUUCUGAAACCGUUCUUGCAAGAAAGAGAGAAGAAGGUGUUGAUGAUAGUCAUUCCACUUCAGGUACUAGCGAAUUUAGCUUCAGUUGUGAUUGGUGAAACUGGACCAUUCAUUAAGGAUUGGGGGGCAUGGAAUCAGGUGUUCUUAUUGGUAGAUAUAAUCUGUUGUUGUGCAAUAAUCUUCCCAAUUGUGUGGUCGAUUAGGUCUUUGAGGGAAACUUCAAAGACAGAUGGGAAAGCUGCUAGGAAUUUAGCAAAACUAACCCUUUUCAGGCAAUUCUAUAUUGUUGUGAUUGGGUAUUUGUACUUCACGAGAAUAGUUGUAUUUGCUUUGAAGACAAUUGCAGCUUAUAAAUAUCAGUGGGUGAGUAAUGCGGCGGAGGAGAUAGCUAGUUUGGCUUUCUAUGUUGUGAUGUUCUAUAUGUUUAGGCCAAUUGAGAGAAACGAGUACUUUGUUAUUGAUGAAGAGGAAGAACGUGAGGCUGAGAUGGCUUUAAGGGAUGAUGAGUUUGAACUUUGAAGAUAAAGAUAAAGAUGUUGCUUGUUCCUGUCACGAUUGUAAGUUUUGCUUUAGCUAUUUUUAUUUUAUUUGUAGAUGUAUAAACAAUUGGGGAGAAAAUCUCUUAGCUUCUUGUUAAACCAUUAAUGCCUUCUUCAAAUUUUGAAGAAAGUUGUUUUUAUGUAA